AUGAAGAUGUUCCAGUACGGGGAUGAGAUCGUGCUUCUGUGCCGUCUGAUGCACUUAAUCCAUCAGUUUGGAACACUUGCCUUACGAACACUUCUUGUGAAAUUGCUCUUUGUGAAGUACAUUCAGUCACGCCAAGCAACGUUCACAUAUUUCGCUGAUAAAGAUAUAGUUGUCAAAGAACGUAAUUCUAGAAAAGAAAACAGAUAUUCGACAAGGUUUCGUGUACCAAAUCCCCUACCAGAUAUUGGUAAAUGUUUUAGGAAUUCAAAAGACGGUGAAUCUCUACGAGAAUUUAUUGAAGAAUCCUUUCUUACCGAGAUAGUGGACCGAUACACGCCAACACUAGUGCACUUAAGAAAUAAAAAGGUAAUCAAUCCGACACAGUGGGAAACUUUGUUUUCAAACAACACAGUAAACAUCCAUGAUUUAGAUAUCUCUCUUCUCAGCAUAUUAUUGUUUAAUACGAUGAAUUGUAAACCAACUUUUAAUCUGAAAACAUUACCACAGAAUGAUGACAUCACAGAAGGAGACGAUGUAUUGCGUAUACGGAUGUACAGAAACAAGUUAGCACAUCUAACGUCUUUGGUAAUGACGGCUGCUGAUUUUAACGACAUGUGGAGAAAUAUUAGCUGUGCCAUAGUACGUUUACUAGGAUCUACAUACCAAAACGAUGUCGAUCGUCUUAAAGAUAUGACUUUUGACGAAGCUACCGUCAUUCGGUAUAAAGAACUUCGACAGGAAUGGUCUGAAACCGUCACUGAUAUCUAUCAAUCACUCAGUGACAUUCAAGACGAAAUCAGAUCAAUAAAGAAAAAAUCAAGACAUCGGAAAGGGAUAGCCUUGAAAUUGAAUGACAGUAAUGAAUUACCAGGAGCGUUAAAAGUUCUAAAGAAGAAAGGGAUAUCUGUCAAAGUUAUCUCCCUUGAUGAGACGGAUAGUGACUCUUCGGAAUCAAUGGUGGAAACAGUGUCGAGAAGGAAAAGUACCGGAUGCUUGAAAUGGACAGAAGAGUUGGAUGAAGAAAAUACUAUUCGAGCUAGUAAAAGUACACCUUGUCUUGAACCAGGAGCACUUCAGUCAAAAGAAAAGGCGAGGCCCUUCUAUGAGAUGUUCUCUGGUGGUAAAGACACAUCACGUGCUCCUCGACAAUGGUCCUCGACUGACACGGAUUUUACAGAGGACCUUUCUAUCUCAGAAGGACAUUCCACAGGAUGCUCAUCCUCAUGGGAUUCAAUUGUAGAUGAAAAGGCGCCAGUGAAUCUCCUACAACUGACGGGAACUCGCACGGAAUCAAAGCAUCUUUCUGUAACUGAACUCCCACAACCGACGGGAACUCGCACGGAAUCAAAGCAUCUUUCUGUAACUGAACUUCUACAACCGACGGGAACUCGCACGGAAUCAAAGCAUCUUUCUGUAACUGAACUUCUACAACCGACGGGAACUCGCACGGAAUCAAAGCAUCUUUCUGUAACUGAACUACAGCAACCAAUAAAUGUUCCCGAACCGCAGCAAAAACCUAAAAAGAAAACGUUCUGGCGUUCUUUUAAAGGAUUGUUUUAAAACGAUGGGCAUAUGAAAUUUACACCAGGAGAUGUUUCGCACUUACGGACAUAAAUAUGAGUGAUAUCGAGAUCACAUGAUAAAUAUGUCCUAGUGUUCUUCCUAUGUGUGUACAUACACAUAUUUUGCUAGGAUAUUGUGUUGUUUAGAUUUAUAGUUAUUUUUUUAUGCUUUUGUAAUUCAAUGUCUAAACAAUGACCCCCAUUGACCACUAUAUACGUCAUAGACUUAUCACAAAUACUGACCAGUUAUCCUCUGAUCUGUUUUUAUAUAUUUUCAUUACACCGUUCAUUUAAACUUAUAUAUGAAUACUUCCCUGUUGACAGAACAACAAAUGGAGACUUGAUAUAAUCAACAUGUCUAUGCCAACUAUGGGACCAGUUUAAAUCCAGGGCACACAUAUGUGAAUACUAAUAUAAAGGAAAAGCAGUCAAGCAUAACAAUAUCUUUUAUACAAUUUUAAGCCGUCUGCGCGGUUGUAAAAUACAAUAAAAAAUACUCUACUGCUCAGGAUUCUAUUACAUGCACAGUAUUUUUUUACUAUUGUAAAUGUUAUGUUAUUUACAGAAACAAUUACAACCAUUUAACAUUUGGGACACUCAUUUUCUAUUACACAAAACAAUCGGGUUUACAGUUACUGUUUUACGUGUAGACAUUUUCUCUUAAACAUAUUUGGUUGCAUUUAUUUCUUUCUCAAUGUGAUUUUGGGUUAGAUAAUAUGUCUCAUAGUAUUGUGGAAGACCCGGAUCAGAGGCUUAGUUAAGGCGAUAUACUUGUUACUUAGUGUUAUAGAAGAUCUUAUUAUAUCUACGAACAAACAAAACACUUUACCCUCAACAAAAGGAAACAUUUCGAGUAUCACUUGUCAUGACAAAAUAGAAUGGAAGUUUUAUCAUUAUAAUUUCUUUUUAUAGCAACCAUUUUGUAUAUAUGAUAUGUAUAAUUAUUAAUUGUAAAAGUUGCCUCCCUUUAAGUUUAUUUUUUGAUUCGUUAUACAAUAUAUUUUAUAUAUUAUAUGUCUAUAAAGCUAUAUAUCUUUUAUCAAUUACUUUU